AUGUUUAUUUAUUUUCUUUCCUUUUUCAUUCCAUAUCUAUUUAUUUUUCUUUCUUUUUUCAUUCAAUAUUUAUUUAUUUAUUUUUCUUUCUUUUUUCAUCCCAUAUUUAUUUAUUUUUCUUUCUUUCUUUUUUCAUUCAAUAUUUCUUUCUUUUUUUUAUUUCUUUUUUAUUCCAUAUUUAUUUUUUUCUUUCUUUAUUCGUUCCAUAUUUAUUUAUUUUUCUUUCCUUUUUCAUUCCAUAAUUAUUUAUUUUUCUUUCUUUCUUUUUUGAUCCCAUAUUUAUUUUCAUCUUUCCUUUUUCAUUCCAUAUUUAUUUAUUUUUCUUUCUUUUUUCAUUCAAUAUUUAUUUAUUUAUUUUUCUUUCCUUUUUCAUCCCUUAUUUAUUUAUUUUUCUUUUUUUCAUUCCAUAUUUAUUUAUUUUUCUUUCUUUCUUUUUUCAUUCAAUAUUUAUUUAUUUUUCUUUAUUUCUUUUUUAUUCCAUAUUUAUUUUUUUUCUGUCUUUAUUCGUUCCAUAUUUAUUUAUUUUUCUUUCUUUUUUCAUUACAUAUUUAUUUAUUUUUCUUUCUUUUUAAAUUCCAUAGUUUUUUAUUUUUCUUUAUUUCUUUAUUUCUUCUUUAUUUAUUUAUUUUUUCCUUUUUCAUUCAUAAUUAUUUAUUUUUCUUUCUGUCUUUUUUCAUUCCAUGUUUAUUUAUUUUUCUUUCUUUCUUUUUGCUUCAAUUCAUAAGUAUUUGUUAUGCUUUUUUUUUACAUUUUUCUUCUUCAAUUCAUAAGUAUUUAUUAUGCCUUUCCUUUCAUUUUUCUUUUACGUAUUUACGGACUGUCCAUCUUACAAACUAA